CACUAAUCACAAUCAAAUCAAAUCAAAAACAAUUCAUUUCAUUCUUUCCUACUCUAAGUAGUGUGUGAUACCGGCUUUGACUUUAAAGAUCAAUUUACUAAAAUUAAUAAGAAAAAUAUAUGUUUUUAUUCCGUGUUAUUAUACAAUCAUUACUUAAAACUGUGUGCUUUAAUUCGAUGGAGUUUUGAUCGUUUAAGUGGAUAUAAACUCAUUGUUUACCAAAUUUCACCUAACUACGGGAAGUUUCAAGUUUCUUAAGAUGUCCCUUUGUAAAAGUGGUGAUACCAAACUAGAUGAUACAGUCAACGGUUGGUUGAAGCGUGAUAAGAAUGUGGAAACCCGUCAAGAAGUAGAGGACGACAUAGCCAAUGCAAGAUGGGACAAGCUCCGCAAAGUGAUGCUCCAUCGACAGAGGUUUGGCACGGCGGGGCUCCGGGGCCGGAUGGGUGCAGGAUAUGUGUGUAUGAAUGAUGUAGUCAUUCUGCAAACUGCUCAGGGCUUAUGUUCAUAUCUGAAAGAUGAGUGCAGUCAAAGCAAGCUCCAGGGCGGGGUUGUUGUGGGUUAUGAUGGGCGCUACAAUAGUAAGAGAUUCGCAGAACUGACAGCCAAAGUGUUCACAUCAUCUUCCAUCCCCGUGCACCUGUUCUCCACAGUGUGCCCCACGCCGCUCGUGUCGUUCGCCACCAUCCGCUACGGCGCGUGCGCAGGCGUCAUGGUGACCGCCUCGCACAACCCCAAGGAGGACAACGGAUACAAAGUGUAUUGGGGAAACGGCUCGCAGAUUAUAACGCCCCAUGAUGACAAUAUCUUGGAGGAGAUUCUAAGAUGCCUAGAUAUACCAGACGAGCACUGGAACAUUGACGAGAUACGAACCGACCCGCUAGUGUCCGACUGUACCGAAGAAAUAACCACUAAGUACAUGGAAUACAUCCGUGGAUCUUUGUCGGAGAGCAUUCUAGAACAAAACAAGAUGGCCGCCGUUGACAUCGUGUACAGUGCCAUGCAUGGUGUCGGAUAUAAAUACAUUGUGAAGGCUUUUGAAGUUGCUAAUUUAAAGCCGCCGAUAAGCGUGGUGGAGCAGCAAGAGCCGGAGCCGUCGUUCCCGACGGUGGCGGAGCCCAACCCCGAGCGGCCGGCGAGCGCGCAGCUGGCGCUCGCGCGCGCGCGCGCGGCCGGCGCGCGCCUCGCGCUCCUCAACGACCCCGACGCCGACCGCCUCGCCGUGGCUGAGUACGACCCAACGUACUCCCAGUGGAAAAUAUUCACGGGUAACGAGAUGGGUGCUCUGCUCGGCUGGUGGAUAUUGGAGCAGCACUGCUCACCGUCAUCACCACCAUCAGUUUCUACUUCACAAGAUGCUGAAGUGUACGUGUUGGCGAGCGUGGUGAGCUCCAAGAUGCUGCAGGCUAUAGUGAAGGGGAGGGGGCAGUUUGUGGAAACCUUGACUGGGUUUAAAUGGAUGGGCAACACUUGCCUGCUGCUGCAGCAGCAAGGCGCGCGGCCGCUGUUCGCGUUCGAGGAAGCGAUCGGUUACAUGUGCGACCCCGCUGUGCCCGACAAAGAUGGCGUCUCAGCCGCCGUUCAGGUAGCGUCGCUGGCGUCGAAGCUGUAUUCGUCGGGUUCGUCGCUGCAGAGCAAACUGUACGAGCUGUACCGCCAGUACGGGUACCACGUGUCCUACAACUCCUAUUAUAUCUGUCACGACCCCAACACCAUACACAACAUCUUCCAGAACAUUCGCAACUGGAAAGGCGAGCUUGGAAAGUACCCGACGAAACUCGGCGCCUGUGAGAUCACGUCUAUCAACGACUUCUCAGCCGGCGUCAGGAUCCCCGACGAAGCGCCCGGGGAAUCACAUCUCAACGUAGUGGGCACGGGUUUGGACAAGGACUACAAUCACGGGGAGAUGAUAAUGUUCCGCUGCAGCAAUGGGCUGCGGGUCACCGUCCGCACCAGCGGCACUGAGCCCAAACUGAAGUAUUACACCGAGCUGGUCUGCAAGGCUGACACUAGAGAUGAGCAAGAAAUGAUAAAAAAUAAAUUGGAAGUAAUGGUGCAGGAAUUCGUAACAGAGUUGCUUCGGCCCAAAGAAAAUGGUCUAAUUGGGUAAAGUAAAAUUAUAUCAAAACCAAUACCAACUUAAUUAUCGUGUCAUCCCGCCCUGUUAGGUACUUAAAAAUUGGAUCAACCGCUUAAUUUAUUGUUUUGUGAAUUCUUUUUACAAUUGUCUGUGACGUGACUUCACAGCGUAUAUUGAAAAAUGGUAAGCCCUUCUCGCGUAAUAGGGACCAACACCAGUUUGAAUGAGUUUCUUUCGGCAUUUCUUCUCAGCAGUGGUCGUUCCGAAACGCUAGUAGUUUGUAGCUUUGGUAAAUAUUAUCUAAUUUAGAAUGUGACAUGAAAAAGUGCAUGUGAAAUCCUAAGUUCAGAAUAAAUUAUUUGAUUUGAUAACGGAACAUGCCAGGUGUGUUUCCCGCCAAGAACACGUUCUUCCUCAUUGAAAUGGUACUUAUAUUAUGCUUAUUUAAUAUUGUGCAAGUGAGAUAGCUACAUGUAAAGAAAACAAGGUGUGGUGACACGCUAAGGGUGGGUUGCACCGUCAACUUUGACAUUAACUUUAACGUGCGCAGAAAAAUACACGUACGGCAGUACGCCAUUUUGUCAAAACGUCAGCGGCGCGCCAGAAAAAUCAACGUCAAAUUUAAUGAUGCAACUCACCUUAAGUUAUCGUUAAAUAUAUUUAACGUUUACCUAUGUUUAUUAUUUUAAUUUAACUUUAAUAGUUGAAAUAUUAUAUAUAUAUAUAACGGUACUACAAUAAGGAUUCAUUUUAUACCGUUUCUUUUUUUGAUGUAGGACCAAAGAAUUUCGAAUGUAAUUUCUGUGAUAAGAUUUGAAUUGAAAAAUCAGUGAUGAUCGUUGUACAUUUUUAAGCAUGAUAUUCUACCAUCUCGCUCUCACGACGUCGUGAUUCUAAUACAAUGUAGAUAAAAAUAUUUGUAGGAGCGACAGAGAUAAAGCGAUCAAAUACCCAAAUCAGUUACUUUCCCAAGUGAUAUCGUAUGUAUGAAUAGGACCAAGAAUGUCAUUCCAAGCUGUGAUAAGAUUUUAAUAAAUAAUUUAAAAAAAACUGGUUGCACUCCGGAAGUGCCGGCAGAAGUGAAAACUCUCACAAUGAAGAAAACUCUUACGAAUUUUCGAUACGUGGGCGAAGUGCGCGUUUGCAUUUCACUCGAAGUGAGACGCAGCGAACCAAUCACAUUGCGCCAUUGUGACGUAACAACAACCACACUGCAAUGUAAUUGGUUCGCGGCGUCUCACUUCGAAUCGAUUCGAUGGUGAAAUGUGAAAUGCAAACCCGCACUAACCACUGUCACGUGUCCUGACGCGACUUUAACAAUUUUUGGGUGAAUUUCACGAGCGUUUAAAACUCCGCCGCGGGUUGUCAUUCGUGUUUAUUAAAUUGUGCCAUACACAGUAAUCAAUUUAAUUAUCCUAUUUUAUAAAUAAGUAAAGUAGGGGAGACCGGGGAUGGUUGACUAGUUUUAUGUUUGAACCUUAAUAACUUUGGAGUUUUAAGAUAAAUAUACCAAAAUUUUAACUCACAUGAUUAAUUAUAUAUUCCUCUAAC